CUUCCUUGUGGCUAUUGCCCUCUGCUGUCACUAGCAAACAAUGCAAGUUUCCCACAAUGCUGCUGCAGCAUCAGUCCGGAAGUGAGACGUAUUGACAAUAUGGCCACUGGUUUCAGAAGGGGGAAAUGUUGGAUAUAACAGUCCAGUCGGUUGCAAAUACACCCAUUUCAGUUGUCUAGAGUCGUUGCAUGUGAAUGAAGGGACUCGGGAAUCCACGGGAUGUUGUCAUUGAGCUGAGGAUACAUUCAGAGCGUGAAAAUCGUCAUGUCGUUUUUCAGGAGGAAAGCCAAAGGAAAGGAACCUGAGCGACCAGUUGAUGCUAAAGUCAAUAGAGCCCCAACGAGCCCCCAGUCCCCCUCCCUGAGCCUCCGGAACCAUCAUGCCAUCCUGGAGGCGGCGGGGCCCAGCCAUGUGGCUAUCAAUGCCAUCUCUGCUAACAUGGACUCCUUCGCCCGCGGACGCACAGCAAUCCUCAAGAAACAGCCCAUCCACAUGGAGGCUGCACACUUUGGGGAUCUGGGGCGCUCUAGUGUGAACUACCUGGCCUCUGAGACGCGUUCACGCUUGUCUAAGACGGUGGAUCAGAUUCUGCGGGACAACGUGGCCAUGCCCUACUACAUCCAGUUCCAGGAGGCCCGUGGGGCUGACCACCUGGUCUGCUUCUGGCUGGAGGCAGAGAGCUUUCGCUCCACCAGCUGGUCUCGGGUCCGGGCCCACAGCCUCAACUCAGUCAAACACAGCUCCCUGGCCGAGCCCGCCCCCCCCCCCCGCUCCCCCGACCCCUCAUCCCACUCAGACAUGGACCUACACUCCAUCCCCAGGCCUUCCUCCUCACGCCCGCUUACCCCCAGCCCCCAGGACGCUAACAGUAACAGUAGUGAAGGCCCCACAGUGCAGCUCGUCCACAGGGACUCCUUCAGCUCUGUGGUGGACCAGAGGCCUGGCACUCCCAGCAGAGCAGACACCCCCACCAGACAGCCCUCCUACAGGACAGGGACGUCAUUCAAGCUGCAGUCCACCAACGCCCUCAAGGAGCUUUCAGACAAGCUCAUGAAGAGUAUAGAGAGAGAUGCAGUGAGCAUCUUCACCAAGUACAUCUCUCCAGACGCUGCUAGGCCCAUCCCCAUCACAGAACAGCUCAGAAACGACAUAGUCGCUAAAAUCUGUGGGGAGGAUGGACUGGUGGACCCAAACUGUUUCGUCAUUGCACAGUCUGUCGUCUUCUCCAUCAUGGAACAACAGCACUUUAGUGAAUUCUUGCGCAGCCAUCAUUUCUGUAAGUACCAGAUCGAAGUGUUGACAAGUGGCUCUGUGUUCCUGGCAGACAUCUUAUUCUGUGAGUCGGCCCUCUUCUACUUCUCUGAGUACAUGGAAAAGGAGGACGCUGUGAAUGUCCUGCAGUUCUGGCUGGCAGCAGAUAACUUCCAGGACCAGCUGGCUGCUAAGGCUGGCCAGUACGACGGCCUGGAGGCCCAGAACGACGCCAUGAUCCUUUACGACAAGUAUUUCUCACUCCAAGCCACCAACCCGCUGGGUUUUGAUGACUCUGUGCGGAUGGAGAUAGAGUCUAAUAUCUGCCGGGAGGGAGGGCCUCUACCUGACUGCUUCACCACUCCUCUUAGACAGGCCUGGACCACCAUGGAAAAGGUCUACAUGCCAGGCUUCCUGUCGAGUAACCUUUACUACAAGUAUCUGAGUGACCUUAUCAACUCUGUCCGAGCGGAUGAGUUUGUGCUGGCUAGUGCUCCCGGGCAAGGCGUGGCCUCUGACCUUGACCGCAGCACCAACACAACUGAGGGGUCUCAAGCCCAGCAAGGUGCCAAAAAGGUGGCAGCAAUAAAAAUCUUGAAAAACUUUGACGAAGCAAUAACAGUGGACAUAGCCAGCCUGGACCCAGAGUCCCUGUACCAGCGCCCCUAUGCUGGAAGAAUGACGUUUGGGAAAGUCAACGAGCUGGGCCAGUUUAUCAGGGAAGCCGAACCAGAACCGGAUGUGAAGAAAUCCAAAGGUUCCAUGCUCUCUCUAGCCAUGAAGAAACUUGUUCAAGGCAACUCUGAUGAGGCCCAGGAGGAGAUGGCCUGGAAGAUCGCUAAAAUGAUCGUCAAUGAUGUCGUACACCAGGCGCACCACGACAGUCCUGGCGAAUCCACCAAGUUAUGAGCCUCCUGUGGAGAACCAAAGCAUUGUCACUCCCCUCGUCCCUCACCCUAUAGAGACAGACUGACAGACAGACACGUCCCCUAGUCCAGUGAUGAACUGUACACUGGAAUUACCUUAAGAUGAAACGCAUCAAUAGAGAUCAAAGAACAAAUGCAUUCCAUGAUCUCCUGCAUUAACUUGUACCGGUGUGUGUGAGUGAGCGGAAAAACUUGAAGUAGAUCAUCCAUCCUUCCAACUGUUUGUAACACUAUGAAGGCAUCGCUGAACAAAUGAAGAGGAAAAAGAAAAACAAAGCAGUGGCACAAAGAGCACCAGAGUACCAGACUUCCUUCCAGAACAAAUUCUCUAGGGAAGGAGAGAUGACAAGCUAUGACACAAAAUGGGGCUGAACGGGAGCUGUCAGAAGAAGCAGCACUUCAGAAAGCAUCGGCCCUGCCAUGGUUACCUCUGUUACCAUGCCAUCCAAGAGGGAGCCUGCAGGGACCUGAAGCAUCCUUCAUAAAGCGAUCACUAAGAAGAUUCGGUUGUCCACUCCUCUCUUGAUUCCUGCACAUCGUCUUUCCUUACAUCACCACCACCUCUUGCCCUUAUGCCCAUUCCUUAUUUCUUGUUUUUAAUGAAAUCUCUUUGAAAGGGGUCAGAGUGACACGUACAAUUUUAAGAUGGAAUCCACCAGUAGGUGCUUUGUAAAGUUUUUAUUUGCGGCUGAUGCAUAACGUGCUAAUAUUCCUGGGCCCUCCUGGAGUAUUGUGGCAGUGGGGUGGGUUACUAUGACGAUAGGUUGAGUAGUCUUGCCCUCCUAGCUGUGCCCUAAUGUACUGUAGAGGGCUGGUCAGACAUGUUACAGUGAAACUGGAAUGGACCAUAUUGAUUUUGCGGUCUAGCUAACCACAUGCAUCUCUAGCUCUGACUCCUUGUCCAUGUCAUUACAGAGCAAAGACAAAUGCAUAAAUACUCCUUGUUGUGUACUGAAGAAGUUCUACAGUUGCAAAGAAAGAGCAGCUCCGUUCUACUCAAUAUAAUUUUAUACAUAUUUAGAUUUCUCUUUAACUCCAAUAUAUUCAUGUUAGUUUUUUUUAUGGUGAUUGUUGACCUUUUCUUUUUUUGUAUGUACUGUCAAAAGCAAUGUCUAAGCAAAUCUCAAUUACAAAUGUUCAAUUGAAAAGUCUACUCUUUGAAUAUAAUGUUAAUAUUGUUAUGAUUUGAACCUCAUUGAGAUGUGUGGAAAAGGACUCUCUUGGUACUAUGUACCACUAAUAUUGUUUUUCUGACGUAUGUGUACGUAAUCUAUAAUAUAUUUAAAUUGUGUUGGAUUUCUAUAUCUAUAUUAGUUUUAUUUUUAUUUGGCAGAGUACUAGAAGGAACAGAAGUGCUACCACUGAUGAAAAAUGGCACAAUCCUCUUUGCACGAAAUGCAAAUCUUGUUUGCCACCAAACAUGGGGAUUGAUUUGGCUCCAUUUCAGUUAUCAUUAGCUUGAUGGCUGAUCUUAGUUUGUGGCCAACAUGUUCUUAAUUGCACUUGGGUAUCUAACCUCUAGCAUUGCAAGAUAAUGAUGCAACCUGUAAUUCAGCAAAUUAGUGCUCAUCCCAGUGCAGUGUUUCAAGUGUGUGUGGUUGGCUUUUGAAUAAGUUCAUAGAGAUGCUGCAGUUUUGUGCAUCAAAAUUGUUUUAUCCCCAUUUUGUUGUACAGUAUGAAAUACUUUAUUGUAAAUAUUUUAUGGCUAUCGUACAAUAAAACUUUUCUGCCUAUUUGUA